UUCUCACACACUUGCUGGUAGCAAUAAUGGGCCGAUAAGGGAGCAAAACAAAGGCGAUUAGUCGAGUGUACGGUGCUGUCAGGUGGCCAGGUCGAGACACGAGCGGACGCGAACCUGGUUCGAUGACCGAGUCGAUCAAGCGGCAGUACCCCCUGCACUGGCACGUCUGGCACAAUGACUACGUCGAGCUGGAUGCCGCCCUCAGGAAGAAUUCGGAGGACAAGGAGAAGAAGGACCCGCGGGGCCGCAGCCCCCUGAUGCUGGCCGUCACCCUGGGCCACCUGGAGAGCGUCAGGGUGCUGCUCAACCACCACGCCAACGUCAACACGGAGAACAAGGAGUGCUGGACCGCGGUGCAAGAGGCGACGGCCACCGGCGACCCCGACCUGCUGCAGAUGGUGCUCGAGCGGCGCGACUACCAGCGCUACUCGAGCCGCAUCGGCGGCGUCCCGGAGCUGCUGCAGCGGCUCAAGGACGUGCCAGACUUUUACGUCGAGAUGAAGUGGGAAUUCACCAGCUGGGUUCCGCUGGUGGCGCGGAUGUGUCCGAGCGACACCUACAAGCUGUACAAACAGGGCUCCAACGUGCGCAUCGACACGACCCUGCUCGGCUUCGACCAGACAAACUGGCAGCGCGGCGACAAGUCCUACAUCUUCAAGGGCCAGAAAGUGGCGACGCCGCGCGUCCUGCGCUGCGACCGCAGCUACGUGUUCAAGCUGCAGCCGUCAGGUGACUCUGCGCUGAUGAUCGAGGUGGACCACGAAAAGCGCGAGGUGCUGCAGGAGGAGAUGCGAAUGAUCGGCGCCGAGGAGCUGUCGUCGCUGCAUCCGAGUUCGGAGGCGUUGGGCGCGCGCCUCUCGACGCCCAUCGUCACCACCUACGUCGACACGGAAAAGAUCAGCUUCGAGCGCAACAAAAGCGGCAUCUGGGGCUGGCGCGCGGACAAACUCGAGGAGGUCAACGGCCACGAGUGCAAGGUGUUCUCUGCGAAUAACGUGGAGUUGGUGACGAAGACGCGGAUGGAGCACUUGUCGGCGGCCGAGCGCUCCAAAAUCCACAUGCCCAAGUCGGCCUUCCAGUCGUUCCUGGGCAUCGCCGAGACCGAGGAGCGCGCCCACUCGCCCAGCCAGGACCUCAAUAUGGAGGAAAGCAAGCACCAGGGCAACCCUUGCAACAUUUCUGUGCAGGACUACUUCUCGACGAUCGACCUGGAGGGCAGGGACAUCGGGCGGCCCAAGGACGUGCACUGCAAGAUCCAGAAGUUCCGCGCAAACCUGUGGCUGGCCGAGAAGUACCCGCUGACCCUGCCCGAGCAGAUCAUGCCGAUCGUCGACCUGAUGGCCAUCUCGAGCACGCACUUUGCCAAACUGAAGGAUUUCAUCCAGAUGCAACUGCCGGCCGGAUUCCCCGUCAAGAUCGAAAUCCCGUUGUUCCACGUGCUGAACGCGCGCAUCACGUUCGGCAACAUUUUCGGCAUGGACGAGGAGGUGGCGGGCGUGGCGCGCGUCGGCGCCGACGACGCGCUCAGCUGCGUCGUGGACGAGGCGUGCUUCGAGCCACCGGCCGGCUACUCGGUGGGCGGCGCCGAUCCGCGCCGCCAGUUCAGCAUGGAGGACGAGGACGAACUGCUGCAGUUCGCCAUCCAGCAGAGUCUGCUCGACUCGGGCACCGAGGCCGACGAGGUCGACAUUUGGGAGGCGCUCAAGAGCGACCGCCGCAUGUCGCAGCCUGCGCCCAACUUGCUGCAGGCCGAAGAGGAGCGCCAGCUGCAGAGGGCUAUCCAAGCUAGUUUGGCGCACCUGGCCGGCUGCUCGACGCCGCCGUUGCCGCCACCGCCGCCGCAGGAGCAGCGGGCGCCGCCGGACGGCGCCGAAGGCGUCGACGCCGACCUGCACCUGGCGCUGAUGCUGUCGCAGCAGGAGCAGGACCAGACCGAGCGCCAGCGCCAGGAGGAAGAACGCAUCGUCCAGCAAGUGCUCGCGCUCUCCCUGACUGAAAAGUGAACCUUCCUCCUCCUUCCCCUCCUCCUCGCAGACACCUCCCCUCCGACCCUGAAUUGUUUUCUCGGCCGAGUGACACGCAAUCAUUGAAAAUAUAUUGUAUUUAGCCAAACGCAACAAAA